GUGCCGAGCUCAGCGCGGAGGAUUUGGCGAAGAUCCAGAGCCACCUCCUGCAGGUCCACGGCCACCACCUCACAGACGAAGAGCUCAUCAAGCUCAUCGAGGCCGAGCAGAAGGCCGAAACUCCCCGGGUGAAGGAUCCCGGCGCGAACCUGCGAAAGGUGGCUCCCAUGGACGAAGAGGCUCCAGCGGCGAAGAUCGCAGGCCAGGGAGACAACGUGACUCCACCAAAGGGCGCAGCUCCAGCUCUUCAGCAUACCGGCUUCGGCUUUGCUUACGACCAGAUUGGAAUUGUGGACAGCCAGAGAACCGUGGCCGUGAAAGUGCAGCGGACUGGAAACGUCAACACAGAGGCCUCAGUGAAGUACCAAACGCGCCCGGGCCGUGCACAGAAGGACGAAGACUUUACCCACAUUGAGGGCACCUUGACCUUUGCUCCGGGCGAGUCGGAGAAGGCGGUCAGUGUCACCGUCACCAACAGCGUGGCCUUCGAGUCAAACGAGGAGUUCUACUUCGACCUCAUCGACGAGAAGAACAAUGCAACGCUGGCCGCGGCCAUGCUUGUCAUCCUUAGCAACGAGGACCCGGGCGUGGUCCGGUUUCAAGAAGAGGAGGUGACGACGGUCGAGGAAUUUCAGGAGAAAGUCCUGGAAGUUACGGUCCUGCGCAGACACGGUGCUGCCGGGAAGGUCGCUUGUGCCUGGCGCACAGAAGAUAACACGGCGAAGGCCGGAACGCACUAUGCUGCUGGCAGUGGCGUGCUCGAGUUUGAGCACGGUCAGAUGGUGGCAAAACUUCCGCUGACCGUCCUCCCCGCUGGUCGGUACCAGCUGUCGAGCACGGUUCGCAUCGUACUGUCAAGCAUCACUGGCGGUGCAAAGUUCGAUGCAUCCACCGAAGGUGGACGCGAUCUGUGCAUGGCCACAGUGGUAAUCCAGCCGGACCCUGCCGUACAGGAGAGGAUCCUACGAAUUCACAGCGCUUUGGCAGUGAACUGGACCAAGGCCCACACGGCCAAGUCCAACUGGACAGCCUGGAAGGAGCAGAUCAUCAAAGCCGUCCAACUCACGGACGACGACGAGGAGGAGGAGGAGGAUGGCCAGGAGCAGAGCGCUCCUGCAGAGAAGAGGAGAGGGUGCAUGCAGUAUAUCAACAUGGCGUUGACUGCGGUGCUCGGGGUUCCCUGGAAGAUUUUCUUUUCGGUGAUUCCACCACCUGGAUUCUGCGAUGGGUGGCUGUGCUUCUUCUGCUCCCUUGGUGGCAUCGGACUGCUGACAGCCAUAGUUGGAGACCUGGCCGCCCUCCUGGGGUGCGUCCUCGACAUCGGCAGUGCCAUCACUGCCAUCACUUUAGUGGCGCUCGGCACAUCCUUACCCGACACUUUCGCGAGUCGACAAGCGGCCGUGCAGGAUCCUACGGCAGAUGCGUCGGUGGGCAACGUCACAGGAAGCAACUCCGUAAAUGUAUUCCUGGGGCUUGGCAUGCCGUGGACCGUAGGUGCACUGUUCUGGACCAUCGGCGGCGCCGAUGCUACCUGGAACGAGCGGUUUCAGGACAAGGACUUCAUAGUCGGGACCUCCUGGACCGGUGGCGCAGCUCUCUCAGUGUCCUGCACACUAUGCAUGCCCAUGUAG